AUGGUGUCUUAUUUGGAUCCGUGUAGUCGCAGCCUGUCUAUUGCACAGAAAGAGAGCCGCAGCUCUUGUUCCUUUCCCUAUUCAAGCUCAUUGUACUUAGAAGAUAUCAUUAUACUGAACCGCAGCGAUUAUACAACAGAGCUGCACCGACAUCGAUUAUUCGCUAGAUCUAAAAGUGUGCGGUCAUCAAUCUUGUUUGAUCCGAUACCCACGAAGAACAAUCAUGAUGGAGUGCAAACGAGAAGGAGGAGGAAAGCUGCGAGCGCAAGUACAACAACGCUUUCCUCGUCCAUCACGACACGACCGGCUCAGUCUUGCCUUCUCCGGCGUUUUCUGUUCGUUUUUUGCCUAUGGAAUCUACUAGCAGCGCUGUUCUCGAAUUUUCGGAUCUCCUUUACAACUACGACUCCAGCCAGCUGCACUUCUACCAGGGAACAAAGGAGCGGGCAAGGAAGAGUCGCACAAUCAUUUUUUGCCGGCGGGCCUUUGCUAGCAGCGGCCUCUGGCGUUUCGCAAUGCGGCCUGUCGCAAGGGUCGCUCUCCUUCGUUUCAAGCUCAAGACGUAAUCUAAUAGUUAACGGAAACGACGCUACAGGAUGCGAAUGGCCGUGGCACGUGGCCCUCCUGCAGAUCCAUCAAAGCGAGACAAAUAUCGCAGGAGGUACUAUUAUCGUAAAAGCUUUGACGUAUCGUAUGGAGCUGACCCACGUUUGAAUUUUGUCGAUGCGUCAUGCUUACAUCUUCCUCGUCGUGCUCGUGUGUAAUGAUUGAAACCUUUUAUAAUAGAUGCUGAACCCUUGUUCUUGUUGAAAAAUGAAGAAAAUGAAAUGUGAAAAUAUCUAUAUUAAGUGAUUCAUCCCCAGGCGUCCAAACACGGCUGUCUUGGUCCUAUCGGUGUGGCGGCUCUCUCCUAGAUGACACCCACGUUCUGACCGCUGCCCACUGCGUCGAGGGUCUGAAUGCUGGAGACACGCUACAUGUGCUCGCUGGAACGCAUGUGAAGGACAUCGCGUCUAUGUCUGAGGCAGAAUUGCAUCGACAUGUGGUCGCAGUCCAGACAGUACACAUUCAUCCGCAGUACUACAGCAGUCGGCGGAGGCUUUCGAAUGCGGAAGAGGACUCGCCAUUCGAGAUGGAGGAUACUGCUGGUGCGAAGCGAAAGUCCAAUACUAGUAAGGAAGAUGGUGAAGAUACAACAACUUUUGCUUCUCAAUCGCUACUAGCGAAGCUUCAGCGUGCUAAGAAAGAAAAAGCUGCUAGUGUUAAAACAAGAAGGCUUACGACGACAGGUGGCCAGAACCUUCAGGGCAAUUUGCUCUUCGACUACGCAGUUCUCGGUCUCGUUGCACCAGGAAAUAACUAUCCAGACGAUAGCAAAGAUGCUCUAGAUACCGUUUUGGACCUCUUUGGAGGAGGUGACGACUUCACACUUUCCACCUCAAACGGAGGAUCCUCGAAUAAUUUGAACCAGAACUUCAUUCCACAACUAGCGAAGGAACCUUGUUCUGGAUCUUCAACUAGAAGAAGUCUUGAUGCGCAAGUACUAGGACGUAGAACAUCAACUAGUCCAUCCAGCACGUCACCGGUUCCGAGUAGCAAGAUCGGCUACGUUUGCAUUCCGGACGCUCCUUUGGAUUCCGAAGUUUUAAGGCGCAAAUACGAAGGUGUUGGCGAUUUACUGGAGUCUCUGACGGUUUUCGCGGACAACGUAGGGCAAGGAUACCUAAGCGGAAGCGGCCCAAAUAACCUUGGUGACUACGAAUGCGUGAUUUCCGGUUGGGGCCAGACCGAUUCUUCCGGGUCGAUGCCCAAGACACUGCAAGAAACGUCCAUUUCGUUGGACGAGAAAUGCUCGGAAUGGAGCGUCAACGGACCGUUUGAGAGCGUCUUCUUGAAUGCCAAUGGCUACGACGACAACAUCGCUAGCGUGCUGUGCGGAAAGGGCCGUAGUGGAGGGACAAGCGGAGGAACGGUGCCGUCGACCGCGUGUGCCGGAGACAGUGGAGGCCCGCUGCUCUGCAGAAAGCGGGUGCCUGGUUCACUAUUGACGGAACAAGGGUCUUCUCACCCUUGGAUCCAGUAUGGCGUGAUUUCGCAAGGCCGCGACACGGACAUGAAUGCUUUGAAUUCGUGCGCACCGGACGUGGAAGUGUGGUUCGCGGACACGUUUUUCGCACGCAGCUGGAUCCUAGAAAAGGCCCAGAUACCGACGCAGCCGCUCGAAUACAACGUGCCUAGUAGGGCUACGGCACGAGCGUUAGUGCUGGCUUGCUUUGUGUUCCUGCUUGUCGUCCUCUUGUUCGAGGUGUACUCGGUUUUCCGCUACGGCCGCUGUCGCGGUCCCUGCUGUCGACAGCGCGGUUCUAGUUCAGGCGGAGGUGGCAAUCCAACCGACGGAGCAACUAGCGCACCAAGUCCGUCGCGCUGGCAGAGAAUCUUCGGAACUGCAGCUACAACACCCGACGCACGUGUGAAAUUGCAGACCUACGACUCACAACCCGCGGUUUUGACCCAGUUUCCGCCUUACAGUCAGUUUUCUCCGUACAACCAGCAUCAAAACGGAGGGAUCAUUUACAACGGCAAUCAAAACGUGGGUGCAUCACCGCCAGGCAUGGUAGGUUUAGCGGCACCUGGCGUCGGGCCCCAAUUUGUGCGAUACAGUAGUCCGAUAGUGUUCGAGCAAAGCGCAAUCGGCGGCCAGGUGCAUCUGCAGGGUAGAGGCCAACAUCAUCAAGCGACCAAUGAUAUAGUGAACAUCGGCCCCACUCUACUCGGAGCUGCAUCCUCAUCCAGCGAGGAGCCAACAGCAGAGCAGCUGGAGAUGAGCGUAAUGAAUGCUUCGCCUGCUUCGCCUGCAGCGCCAGAACACCAAGAUAGAAGACCUCAACAUGAGAUAGACCUGAAUCGAGAUUCGGAAUUGGCUAUGAGCCAGGUAAUUGCGCGUGCACAGGCGACCAAUAGUGUAAUCGUGGUGCGCAGGGACGGCGACCGCUUUCAGCUCCAAGCCUCAGAAGCGCCUUCCGUUUUACCAGCGUUGAGACAGCAGACGUAGUGUUGAAUUAUAGGUCAUAGUGCUGCGCUGGUUCUGAUUCAAAUUCCAUGCGCAUACACGACUGUCACUCUGUCGCAGCACCAUAACUGAACACUGUCUCAUCAAAGGCGAAGAGCCUCCUGUGAUUUCAUGCAACAACACCCCCAUUAGAAGAAUUCGCUCUCCUCGUUAUGAUUCUCUGCGCAAAAAUCUCAUGAGCCAACGGCCUGUAUUAACUCCG